CAUUAUUUUUCAUUCGCAUAUGAAUUGUAGAUGAAUUGUAGAAUUGAAGAUAAUAUGUAUUGUAUAAAAAAUAUUUUUCAUCCAGUUACAUCACAGCGUGGUUGCGUAUUGGUAGUGGUAGAUUAAAAUUAGCGAAUAGAGUGUGCCAAUCGAGCCGAAAAUACGAUGGAGUCUCCCAUAGUCACGGUGACCGAAGGUCAAGUUAGAGGAUGCCAAAGAGUAAAUUUGGAUGGUGAAUCUUUUUAUUCGUUUUUGGGAAUACCGUUUGCUAAACCGCCUCUUGGAGAUUUGAGAUUUAAGUCACCGCAACCAGUAGAAACAUGGAAUGGUGUUAGAGAUGCCACGAAAGAUGGACAGCCUAGUUACCAAUGGGAUGACAAAAACAAUAAACCUGUUGGUUCUGAAGACUGUCUACACCUAGGUAUUCACACAAAAAAACUUCCAUCCAAAGAACCUUCCCUUAAACCAGUAAUGGUGUGGAUACACGGCGGAGGAUUCAUUUUUGGUUCAAACAGUUCGACUGACUAUGGACCAGAAUACCUGAUGCUUGAAGACAUAGUAUUAGUGUCUGUUAAUUAUCGUCUCGGAUUCUUAGGAUGUCUACAGUUUGAAGAUACUUCCUUGAAUGUGCCCGGAAAUGCAUCCCUUAAAGACCAACUGCUAGCUUUGAAAUGGAUCCAACAGAAUAUUCACCAUUUUAACGGUGAUCCUAAAAACGUAACCAUUUUUGGAGAAAGCGCCGGGGGUGCUAGUAUUCAUUAUCUUAUGCUUAGUCCAUCAUCCAAAGGUUUGUUUCACAGAGCCAUUCUACAGAGCGGAUGCACUUUUUGUCCUUGGUCUAGAAUGACAGAACAAAACGUUGGACUUGAGUUUGCACAAAUUGUUAAUCAAAAUAUUAAAACGGAAAAAGAGGCACUAGAAGUACUACGAAAGUUGCCUGCUAAUGAAUUACUAGAGGCACAACAAAAGUUUAAUGUAAAAUAUGAACUACACCUUAAAGUAGCCCCUACAAUAGAGAAGCCAAAUGAAACAGCCGUUUUAACAUCUUUACCACAAGAUUUAAUAGCUAAGGGUCAUUAUCACAAGAUUCCAUUAAUGAUUGGUUACACUAAUAUGGAGGGCAUAUUACACGAAAUAUAUCAACAAAAGGAAACGAAACAAGGAUUAAAACCAGAUUAUUUCAAUCUCUACAAGUUUGUUCACCCGCAUAUGGCGAUAGAAAAUAAAGACCCUAAGAAGGAGUUGAUUAAAGAGAAACUCAAGAAGUUCUACUUCACCGAAAAUGCAGAUGAAAUGGCCAAGUAUGUGAUGGCAACUGAUGGUACCUACACUGCACCAGUGGUUGGAACUGCUAAGCUUCAUGCAAAAGCCCAAACUGAACCUGUUUAUUUAUAUCUUAUGAGUCUAGAUGCCGGACUAAAUUUCCUUAAACGUGCCAACGGUUUCAGUGAUAUGCCAGGUGCUUGCCAUGCUGACGAUCUAGGAUGUUUGUUCCAAAUACCGCUAGAGUCUCUCAAUAUGCACGGGGGAGAAAAAGAACUAAAAGCAAUCAGAAGAUUUGUCAAACUAUGGACUAAUUUUUUGGAGAAGGAAGCUUGCCGAGUACUUAUUAAUUAGGUAUAUUUACUGGGAGACAUAAUUCAUAUGCAACGCUUCGUGACGACCAUUUUAUUAGACUACUUCAACUGUCAAUAUUGCCAACCUGAUUUACAUAUACUUGGGGAUCAGGAUAGCUAACAUUUCAAUACCCCCUCUCAAUUUAUACAACAUUUACAUAAAUAGUAAAUUUGGAUGAAUUGUCGACUAAACAACAAUCUUGACUCUAACCAAGUCUUGACAAAAAUUGAACUAAAUGAAAUCAUAAAAACAUACUUAUACAUCCUACAUUACUCAGGUUACAACU